AUGAAAGCCAGGUGGCAUGAUCAUGAAAGUGAGUCACCCUUGAGUGAUGACUUCUCUUCCCAAGAUGAUGCAAAAAGCUUUACUCGUUUUGUAGGACCCCUCUCUCCUCUCCCCCACCGAGAAAAUUCCACCAGUGAAGUUAAAGCAAGUCCCACCACGAAGGUCCUUGACUUGGACGAGGAAAUCCCCACGUGUAUGGAGGAUAAAGAUUGCUUUGAGGAUAUUCAAGAUGUAUACGAUCAAUUGUAUACGUGUGACUCCUCAAGCAACAAGAGGCCAUCAAGUGGACUUGGUCAA